GGAGGAAAAACAGGAGGAAGAGGGGGAAGGAGAGGGGGAGAAGAGUUGAGGGGUGGUGGGGAAGAGGAAGAUGAGGAGAUGAGGAAGACACUCUAGAUGGGAUCUUGCAUCAAUGAAAUCUCAAACCCAGAGUCCAGGGGAGACAUGAGGAAGGAACCACACUGACCUCUGCCAGAGAACACAACACAGUAAAUCAUGAGCGCUCCAAUAACAACAAGCCCAAAUAUGGUGGGCUCCCAGGAGAUGGCACUACUUAGCAACCUGAUGGCAGCCUACACUUUCAUUGCAGACCAACCUGAGCGGACAGCCCUGGUGUUUCUGGGUGGUGUGUGUGCCGGCCUCCUCGUCACACUCUGUGCCAUCGUCUUCCAGAUACACUGUCGAGCAGACUGUAACUACGGAAACAGUAACCACCCUCACCAUCGCCACAGGAGCAGGCACCAUCACCGUCACCACCACCAUCACAGCUGUCCCCGGCAUCAGCCCGGCAACAUUAACCGAGACAGCACUGCUGUUGUUGCGUCUGGAGGGGCCGGGCCUGUGGGGGACAGUGAGUCAGAGGACUGGGACGACCCGUCUGACCCGUCGGCACGACGACGCAGACGCUUUGAGAGAGCUCUUCUGCAUGCCAGCAUGUUCACAUCGGCUGAGGAGUUGGACCGAGACCAGCGGCUAGAACAGCGGGAAAGGAUUCUCCGAGAGAUCUGGAUGAACGGACAACCUGACAUCAGCACAGUCACUCAGAGCCUCAACAGAUAUUACUGACACAUGAUCAGUCUGGAGGACAUGAAGAUGCACAGGUGGAUACAAGAUGGAAUAAAAGUUAAACAAACAAAGUAAUAAACAACUGGUUGAAGCAGUCAUCUACAGUAAAAACAACAGGAACAACACACGAGUUGUGAUGAUUCAGUCCAACAACACAGGACGACUUGGAGGUGACUGGAAGAAAAUCCAAUGCGUAAAAACACAACGGGACGUAUUGGAAAGACCAUGGAUUCUCAGGACUGUUUUUAACACAAAGAAUGAAAAGAACUGGGAGAAAUACCAAAACCAUGUGAAACUACUGCCAUAAUGAUACCAUCAUUGAAAAUUGCACAAAGGAUUAGAUAACUAUUCAACUAUUUAAUCGGAGGCUUUUUAAGAAAACAAGGAGUUUGUACAGAGGAGGAAUAAGAGGCAUUGUGGAGGUUGCAGCUCUGCAGCUUUUAAUGAGAGUACAGAUUCAAAUAUUCAUGAUACUGUGUUGUUGCACUUUUCUCAGCUCACCCUGUGUUUUUAAAAAUGUUAUAAUCAUGAGCUGCUACUGGAACCCCUUUGUAAGGUUAAAUAGAAGGGAGGUAAACUUCAUCUCCAUGCCAGGAAGGAUAUUACACAUGCUGGUGCUUUAACUGCUGCAACUUUUCAUCCCUUACCAACCCGAUGAAUGCACAUUAACAGGAGGUUGUUGAAAGAAAGGAAUGGGGAUACGGGACCAAGGAGCCGGCCUACAGCUUGUGUGUAGGUUGUAUCUGUAGCUUAUCAGCUGUAGGUGUUGUUUAGGACAGCAGGUCAUCAUAUCAGAAAAGAUCAUGCUGCCUUAUUUUAUUUGUCUCCUGUCUUAAAGAGCUGAAAAUGUGAAUACAUGUUUUAUUCAAGGAUUUUAUGAACACUGUUUUCAGUACAUAUUAUUG